UCAAGCUUGAAAAACAAAAAUUAGAAGACGCAAGGACUGAGAUUCAAGACAAGACAAAUGCUCUAGAGAAAAUUAUGCAGGACUUUACAAAAAGAGAGGGAAAAUCUCAAUGCUUUAAUAAUUCAACAACAAAAAGAAAGAGAAGAUAUGGAUAAACUAGCAGAGGAAAACAAAAGAAAAGAGAAGCAUGCUGAAGUUGAGAUACAAAGACAGUUAGAGGACAUAGAAAAUGUCAAGGUAGAAAUACAGACUAAAAGGGAAGAACUAGAAAAAAUAAUUAGACAACAGCGGGAGGAGAUUGAAAUCAAAGAGAAUGACAUGCAAAGAGAAAGAACAGCUUUGGAGAAGAUGAAUAUUGAGCUAGAAAGGAAAACCAUCGAAAUGGAAAACCAGAGAGAGAAAGUAACUCUCUGGGAAGCAGAUUUAAAGAAACAGAAAAACGAAGUAGAAGAGCUAAGGAACAUCUUAGAGAGAGAGAAAAGUGAACUUGACAGAGAGAAAGCUGAUGUACAACAAGAAAAACAAGAGAUGGAAAACGUUCUGAAGACAAUCAAAAGUGAGACGGAAGACCUAGAGCGAGUAAGAAAUGAAACUGAGGAACAGAAGAAAGACAUGCUAGACAGACUGUCAAUAGAAAAACAUGAAAUUGAACAACUAAAAACUGACUUACAGUUGGAGAAGGAAAGUCUUGAAGAUGAAAAGAAGACGCUGAAGCAGUUUAUGGAUGAAGCUGAAAAGGAAAGAUCUCAACUGGACAGCAACAUUGUGCAGAUGAACAUGGACAAACUAAAUAUUCAAAAAGAAAAAGACUUGCUGGAGGAGAUCAAGGCAGAUUUACAACGACAGUCUGAAAAGCUUAAUGAGGAAUUUAGGAAAACUGUCCAAAUCACCUCUCAAAUAGGUAAAGACCAAGAGGACAUUCCGAAGAUGUCGGAUGACAUCAAAAGAAAGGAAGAAGAGCUCAGUACUAUGCAUGCUGACAUCGAAAGAAAGACAAAGCUUCUACAAUCUGAUCUGCUGCUACUUCAGACACAAAAAGAGAACUUAGAAAAAAGCAAAGCAGAGAAUGAGACUCUAAGAGAAGAUCUUGAAAAACAAAAAGAAAAGAAUGACUUGACAAUGCAACAGUUGCACAAAGAGAAGCUGGCCUUGGAGCAGGAAAGAGAAACAGUGGAAAACACAAAGAAUGAAAUAAGACUUAAAGAACAGGAUCUGGAAAACAAAGAAAGAGAACUUGACAUGCAAAGAAAUGAUAUAGAUAACCUAAAAGACAUCGUUAUGGCUGAGAAAAUGCAGCUGGAAAAGAGGCAAAAUGUUAUGAAUCAACAGCAGCAGGAAGUUGAUGACUUGGUUAAUGAAAACAGAAAAAUGAGAAAUGAUUUAGAGAGCAUGAAAGCUCAUCUGGAACAAGAGAGACGACAACUACAAGUAAACAUCCAAACAUUUGAAGACCAGAAGAACAUUCUUGAUCAAAUUAAAGUUGAUGCAGUGCAACAGACCGAUGAGCUUGAGAAAAUCACAGCAAAGGAGAGCGAACAGGAACCUUUUGGAAAGGAAAGAGAUGAGAUUGAUGCUUUGAAGAAAGAAAUCCAGAGUAAGAAAGAGGAACUGCAAAGCUUAAAUGUUGAGAUUGAAAAGUCCAAGCAAGAAAUGGCAGAAAACAGAGAUCAGUUUGAAAAAGAGAUUGAGAAUUUGAAGCAGGAAAGAGCAGAUUUACUGACGGAAAUUGAUCAGCGAGCCGAGAUCAAAAUAAAGAAGAAAGAUGUCAAAACAUUGGUGGUCAGAGAGGACAGUGAAGAAGAAAAAACAGAUGCUGAAUUGCAGGCUGAUCUCCAGAAACAGAAGGAUGAGCUAGAAGAACUGAGGAACACAAUUGAGGUGGAAAAAUAUCAGGUUGAAAAGAGAAAGGUCACAUUGGAUCAACAGCAGCAGGAGUUAGAAGACAUCAUGGCAGUCAUCAAACGUGAGAGAGAUGUGCUUGAGAAAGAAAAUUCUGAACUUGAUGAACACAGGCAUAUCCUCAAUAAAAAUAUCCAGACAAAACAAGAAGAGCUUGAAAAGCUUAAAAAGGAUAUUCAAAAGGACAAAGAGGAGAUUGAAAACAGCAAAAAGAUCAUUGACAGUGAAAAACAUUGUAUCGAAAAGGAGAGAGCUGAUUUAAACAGACUGAAGGAAGAGGCUGAACAUGAGAGGACUUUGCUGCAACAACAUAAAGACAUGAUAAAGAAAGAAAAAGAGGACAUCGAAGGCAUUGUAGAAGAAAAAACAAGAACAAUGGAAGAACUGCAAGAGCGAAUAAACAGACAAUUAUCAGAACUGGAGAUGUUAAACAUGGAGAUUCAACUAAAGAGACAGGAAGCAGAAAUCCAUCGCUUGCCAGAAGAGAUGAAAAUAAAAGAUAGCUCAAAGAGGGAUCCUGAUGUCCUAAGAGAGGAAGCAGAAGUAAAGAAACAAAAAACACUUGAGAAGGCCAUCUCAAUAGAUGCUGAAACUCAAACAUCUAUGGAUGAGUUUGGGAAAAUAGAUGAUAGCAGACAAAAGGAUUUAGAAGAUGAAACAGCUGCAACAAAGACAAAACAACCCACUGUGACAAAGUUAGAGGACACACACACAUCUGAAGUGCAAGAAAUAAGGGUCUCUUUAAAUAAAGAAAUUGAAGAUUUGGAGAGAAUGAAGACAGUGAUGAAAAAGGAGCGACAUGAACUGGAACAAGCGAAAGCUGACUUUGAGAGAAAUAUGAAGGAAGUCAUGAAGGAGAAGUCAAGACAUGAAGAAAAAUUGCUACAACUUACACAAGACAAGGAGGAAUUAUCAAGCAACCUUGAUGAGAAAAAUAAGGAAAUAGAGAGCAUCACGGAAACAUUCAUGAGAAAGAUGGGACAACUGGAAAAGACUAUAGCGUCACUGAAAGAAGAGAAGGAAAGCAUUGAAAGUGAGUUGCUUCAACAAAAGCAAAAUGAACAGGAGAGACUAAAAAUCCAGAGAAAAACAGAUGACAAGCAUGCUGAGAAAGUCACAUACAAAACAGCAUUGCAACAAGUACAAGACACUAAAGAGGAGAAAAAGACAGACAGAGACAGCAGUCUGGAACUGUCUGGAACAGAUGGAGAAACAAAAGCACAAACCUCUAAAACUGACGACCAAGGAGUUCUUCAGCUAAUGGACAUCAUGACCCUAGAACGAGAUGAACUAAAGAUGAUGAGAGCUAAAUUACAGAGGCAACAUGACGAAAUGGAGAACAAAACGAAGAUCAUACAAACUGGCCUUCUUGAGCUUGAGAAGGCAAAGGAUCACCUGCAAAAACUAAGGGAUGAAUGUACAACAGCUGAAGAAGAAAAGUCAAUGAUCAUGGAGAGUCUCAAGAAGAGGAGGAACAGCCUGGAGAAGGUUCAAGAUGAGAUACUGAGACUUACCAAGGAGACUGAGCAUCUCACACAAAGCUAUGAACACAAAAGAAGAGAACUGCAAGAAAUUGAGACUGACUUACAAAGACAGACAAGGACUGUGAAGACUCAACAGGAAACUAAGAUUCAGAGUGAACAAGAAGACCAAGAAGUAAUAGCGACUACAAAAUUCAUUCAAGAACAUACAGAAGAUGUUAAGCAGAGAAGAACUCAAGAGACACAAACUGAAGACCAGGAAAGAGAUGCUCUACCACAGUACGAAGAGAUACAUGCAAUGAAAAGGAGAAUACAGGAAAUGAAAGAUGAACUAAAGAACAGAUUACAAGACAUACAAAGGAAGGAACUGGAAAGACUCGGCAUGCAAAGAGAAAAAAUCGAGUUGGAGCUACGGAAAGCUGAAAUCGAAAGAUAUAACGAAGCCCUCCAGCGUGACAGAGAAAAUGACAGACUCAAACUUAUAGAAAAGGAGAAGGAAAUACUUCUGUUAAGGGAGUGUAUGCUGAUUGAGAUCAAUCGACUGAGGAGCGAAGAAACAGAAAUAAGUAGUCAGCGAUUGGAGAUUAUGGAGCGCCUCAUUAGCGAUGCAGCAGUAAGAAUGGACAGAUUCAGAAGGGUUACGGACAGAGCUGUGCAAACGCUGAUGCUGGAAGAAGAUGGAGAGCAGUUUGGAGGAGCUCAAACAGUGACGACUGAGCAGGUGGAAAGUGUCAGUGGAAGGGUUGAGAUUUCUUUGGGCGUCCUGAGUGAAGACAGGGAGGAAGGAGCGAGAGGAGAAUCCCAGACAGGGGGCGUGGUCAGGCCAACUUCACGAAGAUUACGGCUACUGCACUGGAUCAGACGGUGCUGCUGUUGCUGCUGUCCCAGAAGUUCUAGCAGCGUUGUGGAGGACACUGAGGACAUUUUAUAAACACAGGUGUUUUUCAUUUAGAAGUACAUUUUCAUAUGGAAUGUGACAGAAACUGAGAUGCAGUCCUAAACAAAUGCAAUCUAUGCAUCAUUAUUUUUAUUUAGAUAUUUAUAUGUAGUACUCUAUUCCAAAAAAGAAGAAGAAGAAGAAAAAACAGUAAUGUAAUAUCUACAAAAAUGUGUAAAAAAUAAUAAUGGGUAACAUAAUAUAUAUUUAGUCAUAUAAUUACAGAGUAUUUGCUUAUUACCACGUUUAAUGUUAAUUACAGUUCAUAUAAUCUAAUAAAUCCGAGCUUUGCAUUUUCAAAACAACACAAAUGCUUGCAUAAGACAGAAUGAAUCUUUCAUGAAUACAUAAAGUACAUCUAUACAAUUAACUUCUCAAAUAACUCAAUAGCAUAAUGUGUGCGGUAUGUGUGCGUGUGUAUGCGUCUUCUGUUUUUACUAAUGUGUCAGUAAAACACUCUGGGUCAACUGAUCCUAAAAUUA